CUUGGUUAUUGUUUCAUACCUUGAGAUAUUAUGUUACAGUAUAUGUAACUGCCAGUGGAAAAGUUGUGUAAGAUAUGUUGAUAUACGUGAAAGUCCUUCAGUCGAAAGGAAAAGAAUGCAGUAUAGAGGUUUCAAGCACAGAUACUGUUUUGUUUGUUAAACAGUGUAUAGCAGUUCAGUUCAAUGUGCCAGUGCUGCAACAGACAUUGGUAUUUAGAGGCAAGACAUUAGCAGAUGAUCAAUGUCUCAGUUAUUAUGACAUUGAACCAGACACUAAAAUACAUCUAGUUAUUAAGAAAUGUGUUACACAGCUAUGGGAUCAGCUCAAGCCUAUACUAAGAAAACAUUUUAAAGCUGGAGAUAUGGAUAAAGUUAUUGACCAUUUUAAACAGGAAUUUGAGAAUGCUAUGUCCAGUCUUAGUCUUGAUGAUUUAGAAAGAAUAUCAUCAUAUAAUCUAGAAUCAAGACACAGUGUAAAAAGUGGCAUAUGAGAGCAAAAUACAACAAGAAUACACACAUGUACAACUCUAUAAUAAUUUUACUUGAACUUGAAUAAAAAACAUAUUGAUGUGGACCAACAAA